AUGGAAAGUGGUUCUUCACCCGAAGAACAUUCGAAAGACACGACGAUUUCGAAUUGUGUUUGGAAACUGCGACGCUACGGUCGAUUUCUCCCUGAAGGCAAAGCAAAAUCCAAAUCCUCGGCCAGUAACCGCGCGUGGAAGCUGGAGCUGAAUAUUCUGGGCUCUGGUCAUCUGCUAGUGUCUCAAGGCCAGGAACUCUUGGAGGGCUUUUCUCUGCUCAACGCACAGAGCUUCUUGAAAAUCCAGCACAAAUCAGACAGUCUGCUGUUCAACAUCACAAUCAAGGGUGAGAGCCGUUUGAUCCGACUGCAGUUUGAGGGAAGUAGUCGUGCGGAAGCGGCUGGUUUUUGCAGUAAAGCUGUGGAGAGGCUGCAGGAUUAUGUUCCUGUCCAGCAGCAUCUGAGCACACCUGCAUCUGCUGCUCCAGCCGAUCCUGCAGAACCUGGACCAUCUACACAGCAGCAGCAGCAGCAGGCCCCUGAAGAUGCACCACGGGUGGCCCCUGCCGUUGCCAUGGGACCGCUGUCAAUCAAACACCUUUCUCAGUACUUCCUGGGCGAGCGUGAGCUGUCCCUGCCGAUGGCGUAUCAUCAGUGCACGCUGCCCUCUGGAGACCUGGAGGCACUACUGCGCCUCUGUCUGCUCGAUGCUGGAUUUCCUGCUUUCGUAGAGGAAGUCGAGAAGAAGCUGAAGGAGCUGACGCAAGAAUGAGGAUAUGCGUCGCUGAAAAUCGCCAGGAGCGUCUCCUCUCCUCGGAUACGUCCGUAUGGUCAGGAUAUGCAGUUGGUCAUCUGGAAACAAGGGAAGCAUUAGUCGACUGAAGGGAGCGUUCGCAUGCUGUGCAGAAAUAAAGAGUAAACCUUCAGCUGUCUUCUCCGUCGGUCCGUGGGCUCAGUUGGCGUUCCGCUGUCGUACGUUUUUGUCUUUGUGGUUGUUUGUAGAGUUGGUUUUUCUGCAUGACCGAUGUGUACGGUUAAACACUUUGAAGCAUUAUAACAAGACGUGUUAAUAAACUCAUUUAUAGUGUU